GUAAACCAAAAUGCACAGGCGGGUUCUGGUUGCCGAAGUGCGCUCGUUUGUUGAGCGGUGUAUGGUAUCAGUGGGCACAGAUCCAAAGCACGGUGCAGCUCUUUCUCAAGUUCUCACAGAGGCUGAUGUCAGGGGACAUUUCACUCACGGGUUAAACAGAUUAGAAAUUUACAUUCGUGACAUAAAGAAUGGCAUCACGCAACCGAAGGGUGAACCAAGCAUUGAAAAGGACUUUGCAGCCUCCGCACUGGUUGAUGGGAACAAUCUUCUUGGUCCGGUUGUUGGUAACUUUUGCAUGGAUUUAGCCAUAAAAAAAGCAAAAGAGUAUGGAAUUGGCUGGAUUGCAUGUAAAGGCUCAACACAUUUCGGUAUCGCAGCGUGGUACAGCGGUCAAGCACUACAACAUGGAAUGAUAGGUAUGAGCAUGACAAACACUUCCCCUGUGGUGGUACCAACCAAAGCAGCUAAGCCAUCUAUUGGAACAAACCCGUUGUCAGUUGCUGCCCCAGGGAAGGAUGGGGACAGUUUCCUCCUGGACAUGGCCGUGUCAGCAGUGGCAUAUGGCAAGCUUGAACUAUGCCGUUUAAAAGGAACUGAAAUGCCACAGGGGUGGGGUGUGGACUCGAAAGGAUCGGAAACUGUUGAUCCUGAAAAGGCGAUAAAAGAGGGUGGAUUACUGCCUCUGGGAGGAAAGGAAAUUACAGGUGGUUAUAAAGGUUUUGGAUUAGCCAUGAUGGUGGAUGUGUUCUGUGGGAUUUUAUCGGGAUCUGAAUUUGGGACAAACAUCAAACGCUGGCAAGGAGAGGAAGAAAGAGUGCAAAAUUUGGGUCAGUGUUUUGUAGCAAUAAAUCCUAAAGUUUAUGCUGACGGAUUUGAGGAUCGAAUGCAAGCUUUGAUGGAUCAGUACAGAAAUUUAGAACCGGCUGAAGGCGAGACCGCGGUACUUGUUGCCGGCGAUCCUGAAAGAGAACACAUGCGCAAAGUUCGUCAAGACGGCGCCAUUCAUUAUCACGUUAACCUGUUGCAAAAUAUGGAUCAAAUUGCUGAUAGGUUAGGUGUGGAACAUUUACCAACGUUGUAGAGACCUUACUUGGUCCCAGUUCACACGCAGAAGGAAGGAAAAUAAGACAUCUUCAGUGACGUUCAUCUCUAACUAAAAGUAAAAUGUAGAGAUUUAAGGAACUAGUUACCAGAAAGAGACCAAAACUAGACCCAGAAAAAUGUUCUCUAAGAUGGCGAAAAACUGUCAGCAAUAUCAAUAGAUAUUAAAACAGUGAUCCUAUUGUAGAGCGUCUCAAUGGAGUGAUGGUUUUUACGGCUAACGGAUAAAAAUUUUGGCCAUGCUACGGCUACGGUUAACCCAAAAAUGGCUCAAGA